AUGCCCACCUUCUCUGACGGCGACGACAGUGUCGAAGCCACCAAGAUGUCUGAUUUACCCAUUCCCUCUCUUUCUUCCCCCGGCGACAUGCGCCUUUAUCUUCAGAAUCUCCUGGACGACAAGGAAAAAGAACUUCAGCAAGCAGGGACGCUCGGGCAGCAGCUGCUUGCGCAGCGCAUGGAACUCGAGGAACGAACCAGACAGUUGCAGGAGAUGGACCUCGAGGGUGAGACCGCCGACGACGACGAUCUUGACGUCAGUGUGCGCGAGCGAUUCCGCGACUUGGCACACACCAUUAAAGCUUGGGACGGGGAGAAUGAGCAGCUCUUAAGCCUGUUCUGGGAAAAGCCACUCACGAACGGCACGCAGCUAUCUCCUGCGUCCCGGCACAUGGAUAUCUCGCGUAACGAGGUCGACCGCUCGCUCGAACGAUCGAAGGCGUCCACUGCAGGGCCCUCCGCUGUUCAGUCUUCGCGUCGCGCCAAGAAUGCUGCCCAUCGUGCAGAUGACGUCGAGUUUGCUUUCGAGAUCGGAAGUGGUUUACUCACGGAAGUGCGUCGGCUCCAGAGCCUGCUUGCAGAACGGGACAAGGCAAUUCAGGACAUGAAAGAGGAGAAGGACGAUCUUGAGAAAACCCUGGAGGAUCUCCGAACGACACUGCGCCAGCAAGGACAGUCCGCCGACAAGUUCAAAGAGGAGAACUGGAACCUUGAGGUCUCCCUUCAAGAACUGCGCACCCAGUUGUCUGAUUCGCAAGCGGCGGUGCAACGCCUAGAGGGCGAGCACAAGCGUCUUACGAAGAUGUUGACCAGUGCUCGCGAGGCUGCUGAUCAGCACAAGAAUGAGGCGGAACGGCAACAAAAUGCUUUCCUCGAGCUCAAAGCCAAGCACGAGACCGAGGUCGCCCACUCGCGGAAGCACGCAGCCAGCUUGCAACGCGACAAGUCGGACUUGCAGCAGACACUCGAUUCAAUGAAGGCUGAGGCAGCGAGGGCGAAGAGGUUCCCUCGAUUGGGCUCCCCAUUGACGCCGAACGGGUCCGUUGGCCCGGAUGCUUUGACUCCCAGCAAUGCCGAUGAGGACGAUGUGUUUGGCGGCACUACAGGCGGCGCCUCGACCAACAACCGGAAGAGGUUCGACAAUUCACUGUUUCCACCCGAAGGCUUUGGUUCUGAAUUUGGGGACUCUUCUCCUGAACCGUCUCCUUCGAAGCCCUUCUUGGCUCCCAAUCAUCCUAGCAAUGAAAACGAGGCGUUGCAGCAACGGUUGGCUCACGCGCAGAGGCAGAUCAGUACCCUCAAGGGCGCGUUACAGAGGGAAAAGGAACUGCGGAUCGAGUAUAAACGCAAACUCGAUUCGUCUCCUGGAUAUGCCAUCGAGGAAGAGGUCGAAGAGAUCGAAGAAGAGAAUGAACGGCCGAAGCCUAGGCUUCGCCUCACACCUUACCGUUCUGGUCGCGGUAGAGGUAGAGGCAGAAGCAAAGUUGGUCUCACUCUUAUUCAACGGCUGGGCAUGGCUGCCAAUAGCCCGUCUUCUGAAUACAACGGCGAUGAUGACGACCUUCAUGAACCAUCUUCUCCUCCACCUGUACCGCCGCUUCCUGCUGCAUUUCAGACCGAGUCUAAUGCCAACAAGGUCGAACAAGAUGAGGAAGAGGAGCCAGACCUUCAGGCUUCUCCAUCUCCCCCGAUACCCUCGAAUCGCACGAGCGUGGAUGGAUUGGAUCCAGUGUUCGCGAAUGUCCUCCGUCGGUCAGCAUCCGGAAGUUCUGUGUUGUCGAACGGCAGUCCUCUUCAUCGGUCGGUCCUCGCCAGAACGUCGCGAGGAGGGACUCAUCCUCGGCGGUCCAGAGGUGGGGCAGCAUACCAGGAGACACGGCCACCUUCAUUGGUUGGCCAACCAGAGGCUCUCGCAGACGAGCUCGGUCUUAUGGAACCAUCUCUGGAUGGUUCUCUUGUCGCCGAACAAGAGACUCUUCAUGACAUCCAAACUGCAGAGUUCGGCUGCCAGACUGAUCCGGAAGAAGUCCUUCCUCCGCCUCCUUCGCCUCCUUCGCCUCCUCCGCCUAUCCUCGUCUCCCCUGCCACAACAGAGAUUGCGAUUCAGGUUGACCCUGAACCAUUACCUGAGGCGGUCAAGUCUGACGUAUCACUCCAGACAGACGAGGAGGUCUCUCCAAUUCUCUUGAACGUGGGCGUGCAGCAUGAAGUCGUCGUGCCCGAGAAAGUAUACGCAUCGAGCAGUACCAACACCGAUCCUGAGCCUGAGCAGCCACAGCCCACCUUGGCCCAGGCUCAAGUGCAAACUUCCACGGUGGAUGUAGUUGAUGUUGACACACAGACAAUUCCCGAGCCAGCAUCAGUGCAUAUCGCCAAGGUUGACAUGGAUACUCAGACACCCCUGCCUACAUCUGUGGAAAUGGAAGUUCAGACCUCCGUGUUAAUUGCAGAGGUCGAGGUACAGGUUGAUAACCCUCCGCUAAUUGAACAAAGCUUAUCCUUCGGCGACUCCAGUGGCGACACCACCAUUCACGCACUCCCAGCGUCGUCGCUCUUGUCCGUAGAUGACGUUCACGAUUUGGAUUAUGAUUCUGAGACGGAGACGGGCUCUGUCUUGCCAACUGAUGCGGAUGAUUACCAGGACGCCAGACAGAGCAUGUCCCUGACUACACCAACUGAUUCUAUGGAUGAUUUCCACUCAAUCAGAACGGUGUCAGACAAUGAUUUCUCCAGCGAAGACGAGGAAGACAAUCAGAGUAUCAAGGCUUCCCGCUUACCCAGUCGUCAGGCGAUAACAGCGCCAUCUUCUGCCAUUGACAUGGUGGAACCAUCUCCAAUGUCACCAACCGCAUUCUUUACACCUGCACUGAUGUACGAAGACAAGGCGGUCUCCGCAGACAUCCUCGAAGAGCUGCAGUUCACGGAACCUGCACCCGAGGAACCGAAGGUUGAGCAUCCUCCCGAACCCCAGCCAGAACCUAAACCGCAGUUGAAGGAGAUGUCGAUCCAGACAGAUGAGUGGAGCCCACCCCCGGUCGCAACGGUUCCUCCGUCCGUCUCGGUGACAGUCCCUUCGCCAGUCUUUGCAUCAGGAUCAGGCUCUUCCUCGGCCCUUGCCUCAGGCCAACCCUUAGGCCCUUCCUACAUCCAUUCUCCAAUUCCAUCGCCAGGCUCGUCCGCCGUCCCUGCCUCAGUCCCUGUAUCAGUUUCUGCAUCAUUCCCCGCCUUAGCCUCCCCUUCAGAUCCUGAUCCAGCGCCUGUUGCCGUGCUUGCCAAAGUGCCUAUGUCAGCGUCAGUCUCAACAGCCCCCACCGCUGCACCGUCACCUACUCCUGUACCAGCAUUAAUCCGUGUUAGCAACGCCAGUCAACAGCAGAGAACGAGCAUUCAGCAAUUUCAAUUCAUUUCGCCACCAUCGUCUGCCGGUCCUACUACCACGUCGCUACCAAUUGUCUCCGCUCCUUCAUCUAACGCCAGCAUCCGAGAGUCCAAUGCGACGUUCAUUUCCCGUCCUCGUACGUCUCACUCUGAUAGGAGACAGUCGAUAGAAUCUACUCUAUCGUCCGUAAUGGAUGAUCUCGUCAGCCGGUCCCGUACACCAUCUAACGUACCCAAUGUAAUUGAUAAAUCUCGCCCGCCGAUGAUGCUCCUCCCCCCUCCUCCUCGCCAACCUCCGCCACCUAACUCCAUGUUGCCGCCUCCGUUCAUACCCGAGAAGCGCUUCUCACAUGAGAUACCCCCUCCUCGUCCCUCCUCCCCGCCGCCCGCAGAAUUGAUACAACGUGCAACGACGCCGACGUUUGGAUCUGCUCUGGCGGUGCCUGGUAGUCGUGCCUUUGGAUUCCGACAACACGGCAGCAUGCCUCCAUCUCAAGGUCUCCGCCAACUGCCAUCAACGAGCAGCUUUAGGUCUGCCGCUAAUGCUGCGGCGCGGGCGCCGCUGUCCAGCCCGACGCCUUCGACGAUGUCGUUUGGGGUCCGGGAAAGAGAGCGUCGCGAGCUUUCUUCCACGUCAUUGACUUCUGGUCGGCAGAGUAUGGGGUCUCAGCGUUCUUCCAUCUCCUCGGAUCAUGUCUCCGAGCAGCAUUCGCAGAAACGUCCUGCAGCAACCGCCACACCUGAUCGUACCAUGGGUAUGGACCGCAGCGGCAACUCGACAGAUCCAGCCAUCAUCCAUGCAAUCACGCAGACAAUGAUUGGCGAGUUCUUGUAUAAGUACACACGCCGCGCUAUUGGCAAAGGCCACGGCUCGAGCAGACACAAACGUUUCUUCUGGGUGCAUCCGUACACGAGAACUCUUUACUGGAGCUCAGCGGAUCCAGGCUCGUCCAAUGUCUCUGAGUCCAGCGCGAAGAGCGCUUACAUUGAGAAUGUCAGAGCGGUACUUGAUCCUAACCCCAUGCCACCAGGUAUAUAUCAGUAUAGCGUUGUUGUAUCAACUCCGCAGCGGGAGAUGAAGUUCACUGCGCCAACAAAGGAGCGCCAUGAUAUCUGGAUUAACGCAUUGAAGUACUUGUUGUCACGUCCCGGCGCAGCGCCUGUCAAUUCACCUGGAGGCGCGGCUCCUGCGCCGUUGAGCCCAAUGUCUCUCAAUGGCGAGCUGCCGGAUGACGUGAGCCAGCAACCUCGUGGGAUCUCGAGUCCUCAAAGCCAGCGCAGCGCACUUAGUGGUAGGACCGCUCUAAGCGUAGAGUCAUGGAACGUCACUCCUCGUGGCCAACGAAGUCAGUCUCAGCUCUCCCUUGGUGGCUCCAUGGGCAAGCGCUCCGGUACACCCGCUGCUGAAUACCUGCGCUGGGCUGGGCAUGACAACCUGCAUAGCCCGACGAAGGAGUAUGAGCAAAUUGCGCCACAGGACGACGACGACGACGUUGAAUUUGAGCUGCACGACGAUACGAUGUCGGACGAUGGGUUCGAAGGACUCGAGAACGUGCGUGCGUGCUGCGAUGGGCGGCACACAGUCGGACGUUCUGGGAAGAUUCAUCAUCACCAUCACCAUACCCAUACCCCUCGUGACGCCUCACGCUCGCGAGAUCAGCAUCUCGACACGAUGGUGCAGGACGCGCACCCGCCACGCCCCGCAUCGCCUGCGUGGUCCUUCCGAUCCCGUGCAGGCAGCUCAACGUCGCACGACGGCGGCUCGUUCUUCUCGCGGUUUGGCACGCGACGGUCGGCCAAAGCUGUUCCAGGGAUAUCUGUUGGGGCGCAUGACCAAUAG